AUGGCAGACACAUUAGAGACUAAUAAUCAAGACCAUGAUAUUGUUGUGGAGGUAAAAGAUGAGUAUUUAGCUUCCAACAAAUCUAACAACUCUUCUGGCAGUAUGGUACCUACUGAAUUUCUGCAACAGUUAAUGGCUGAGCUAAUAGGUACUUACUUGCUGAUGUUCACCGGAUUUACUUCAAUUGUGGUGAAUUUGGGCAUGGACAAUAUUCUCACCUUCCCAGGAGUAGCAAUCCUGUGGGGAUUGGAUGUAAUGGUGAUGGUUUACGCAGUUGGACAUAUCUCUGGAGCUCAUUUUAAUCCUGCUGUCACCAUUGCUUUUGCCACAUGCAAGAAGUUUGCAUGGAAACGGGUACCUGCUUAUAUUUGUGCUCAACUCUUCGCAUCAACUCUAGCAAGUGGAACCGUCUGGCUUGCUUUUGGCGAAGAACAUUAUCAAUCUGUAGGCACUCUUCCGGCGGGGUCUAACGUCCAAUCUUUACUUUUGGAGUUUGUGAUAACAUUCUAUCUCAUGUUCGCUGUGUCCGGUGUUUCCACUGACGAACGAGCGACACCAGAACUCGCUGGAAUAGCUGUUGGAGCCACCGUCACAGUUAAUUCUUUGCUCGCCGGGCCAAUUUCAGGGGCAUCAAUGAAUCCAGCAAGGAGUUUGGGGCCAGCAAUCGUAUCAAAUUGCUAUACCGGAAUAUGGGUGUACAUUGUUGGUCCUAUAGCUGGAGCCUUAGCUGGUUGCUGGGUUUACAACAUUGUCAGGUUAAAAGACAAGCCGCCCAGUACUGAAACUGUCAAUAGGAAUUCAUCAUUCAGAAUGCGAGCAAGAAUGAUCAGCAGCCUCUAA